AUGAGGCUGGUGCCGAAGCAGUCCGUAGAGUUGCUGACAUCAGCAGAGGUCGCUGCCAAGCGGCGCGCACUACUGGCGGCUCCACGCUGCCCGUGGCCGCUGGACGGCGACGCACUACAGCUGUUCUUCUCUGGCGAGCGCGACAGCACGCAGCCCGGCACCACGACGACCAGCGAAACACCGCCUACAGCACCGCCGUCCCAGCGCGAGCGGGAGUAUGUGCGGGUCGACGACACGACGGACGACGAAAAUCCGCCGGUGCAGAGCCGGCCGAAGAGUCAGAUGCCGGCGGCGAAGAAGGCCCCACGAAAGAAGAGCACCUCUGCAAAAACGACCGCGGGUGUCAAGCGUAGGCGGACCAUUGAGGACUUUUUGACGCGCCGAUAA